AUGAAUCUAAUCAGUAUUAAUGAUUUACAAGAUGAUUCGGUGUUGAGUUGUUCCUCGAAGGAUGAACAAUCGAAUGCUUCAGUUGAUUUUGAAGCAUCUAAGCAAGAUAGGAAUGCAUUUAUUGAAGCUAGGAACAAGAGGGAGAAAUGGAUUGCUUCGGUGCAUACUCCGGCAAGCUCCGUUAGACCCAUGGUUCAACCUUCACCUUUUUCGAUGCAGCAACUUGUGAGUAAUGCGGGGAAUUCUUCAAUUUCAGGUCUUUUUGCUAGCCAGAAGAAGACAUAUGUUUACUUUGGUAAUGUUAAUGAUGUUGCAACAUAGAAUUUUGCAAGUGACAUGAUUUCAGAAAAGGCAAUUUCCUUUUAGGUACUUGGGACUUCCUAUAACUUCUAAGAGGUUGUCUAAAGCUGAUUGUGAUAUGCUUGCUGACAAAAUUCUAAAAAGAAUUAUUUGCCUUAUUUCAAGGCACUUAUCAUAUGCUACUAGAUUGACUUAAAUCAAUGUUAUUUUGAUGAGCCUUCAUACUUAUUGGGCUUAAGUGUUCCUCUUGCAUAAAGGGGUUCUUGACAGUAUCACUAAGAUAUGCAGGGUUUAUUUGUGGGAAGGUAAAGUUUAUGCCUCUAAGCGUCCUCCUAUAUCCUGGCAUGAGGUUUGAUACUCAAGGAAUAGGGGUAGUUUGGGCAUUAGAGAGUGUUACAGUUGGAAUGUUGCCACAAUAGGAAAAUAUGUCUGGCAAGUAACUUCAAAAGUUUAUAUGUUGAGGAUUAUAUGGGUGUAUUUGGUGUAUAUUAAAGACAUUGAUUUUUGGGACUAUAAAGCUCCUAUGAAUACAAGCUGGUGCUGGAAGAAUAUUUGCAAGGUUAAAGAAAAGAUGAGAGCUGCUUAUAAUGGCAAUCAAUGGCUUAAUUCUAGAGAGAGUUAUAAUAUUAAAGCUGGAUACAAGUGGCUGCAUCAAGAUGGUGAGAAGAUUAGAUGGUAUCAUUGGGUAUGGAAUUCCUUUAUUGUCCCAAAACACUCGUUUAUAUCCUAGUUGACUGCUCAGGGGAAGUUGAGAACAAGAUCGAAGUUUGCUACUGUUGGCAUCUGUGUUGAUACUAGAACCGCUCUAUGCUUUCAUGGUACUAAUGACUGUCACCAGUUAUUUUUUAGCUGCAUUUUUAGUAAGAAAGUGUGUGGAGGUAUUAUGGAGUGGUUAGAUAUCAAAGUUGUUGUAGAUGAAAGUGUUUAUUCACAACUUGGAGGAAAUGAGGAAGAAAGUUUAGAAGCAAAAAGAGACAGAAAGUGUGCUAUGCCUCAUUAGCUGUUGUUGUGUACCAUGUUUGGCUUGCUAGGAAUACUGCUAUCUAGGAAGCAAAAGUUCCUUGCACUGAUACUCUCAUUAAGAAGAUUAAGCAGAUUAUUUGUAAUAGAAUUCAACAUCUUAUAACUGGAAAAUGGUCUAGGGCUCAUAAAGAUUGGCCAGAGUUGUAGUGUGUUAGAUAGUUGUUCUGUUUU